AUCAUCUUAGUGUCACUUACUGUUUUUCUCAGGUUAUCAAGAGAGAAGGCAGUGGGACAGAGUCUCCAAUGAUAGGUGAUAAAGUGACUGUCCAUUAUACAGGAUGGCUUCUUGAUGGCACGAAAUUUGACUCCAGCCUGGACAGGAGAGACAAGUUUUCCUUUGACUUGGGGAAAGGUGAGGUAAUCAAAGCAUGGGACAUUGCUGUGGCAACUAUGAAGAUUGGAGAAAUUUGUCGGAUUACAUGUAAACCGGAAUACGCCUAUGGGUCUGCUGGCAGCCCUCCAAAGAUACCUCCCAAUGCUACGCUGAUUUUUGAGAUAGAGCUGUUUGAGUUUAAAGGGGAGGACCUCACUGAUGAUGAAGACGGUGGCAUAAUCCGAAGAAUCCGUAAGAAAGGGGAAGGCUACUCGAAGCCCAAUGAGGGUGCACUUGUAGAGAUCCAAUUUGAAGGCAAAUACGGAGAUCGCGUGUUUGACAGGCGGGAGUUGCAGUUUGAGAUCGGAGAAGGUGACAAUUAUGAUCUUCCUCAUGGUCUGGAGAAAGCAAUUCAGAAAAUGGAGAAAUUGGAGGAAUCUGUGUUCUAUCUCAAACCGAACUAUGGUUUUGGAAGUGCUGGGAAGGAGAAAUUUCAGAUCCCUCCAGAUGCAGAGCUACAGUAUGAAGUGAAGCUCAAAAGCUUUGAAAAGGCUAAAGAGUCUUGGGAAAUGAACACGGAAGAGAAGCUGGAACAAAGCUGCAUUGUGAAGGAGAGAGGCACUCAGUACUUCAAGGAGGGGAAAUACAAACGAGCAACAUUACAGUAUAAAAAGAUUGUGUCAUGGCUGGAGCAUGAAUCAGGACUUUCUGAUGAGGAUGAUACAAAAGCCAAGAGCCUGAGGCUUGCUGCCCACCUUAAUCUAGCUAUGUGCCAUCUCAAGCUGAAAGAGUAUUCCCAGGCUUUGGAGAACUGCAACAAGGCCCUCGAGCUGGAUAGCAGCAACGAAAAAGGCCUCUUCCGACGUGGGGAAGCCCACCUGGCUGUUAAUGACUUUGAAUUGGCCCGGGAUGAUUUCCAGAAAGUGAUACAACUUUACCCAAGUAACAAAGCUGCCAAAGUGCAACUAGUAACUUGUCAGCAAAAAAUACGGGAGCAGCGCGAGAAAGAGAAAAAGAUGUAUGCCAACAUGUUCCAAAGGCUUGCGGACAAAGACUUUAAGUCAGCUGAUACUCUUCAAACCAGCCACCCUGAAGAUGCAGAAAUGAAAGAUGAGCAAAAUGGAGUUGAAGAUAAGCCAGAAGUUGACACAGAAGCUUAAACGCGAACCCUAUUCCAUUAGGUUUUUUAAAUGAAAAUUUCCAGUGAAUUAGACCUUUAUUUUUCUACCUGGUUGGACAGUGGCUUCAGUGCAGCAGAGGCUGAGGCCACAGUCAGUUACAGCUUUAGGUGUCUGUGGAAGAAGCUCAGUGGCAGCACAAAUCUGGUUUAAUCCUAGGGACUUUAUUUAUUCAUUCAACCUCUGUUAUUAUUGGGGUUCUGUCAGGAUUUAUUAUGCUUGGUUUCUUUGCAAUUUGCCAUUGGUGUUUGUCUCUUUCCGGUUCCAAUUCACUUUAAUCCCAGGUUCUGCUUUCUAAAUUUAAUUUCCUUAGGGUUGUUUUUGUUUUGGGGUUCGUUUUUUUUUUUAAUAAAGUAAUCAAGCUUUUCCAGGAAUCCUCACAUGAGACUUAAGAACAAAUCAAUGCUCCCAGUUCUUCUGGCUUGGCCUUGCCCCCUUCCCUUCUGUUAAGUAGGGAGCCCCUUCCAUUAAGUGUUGUAACCCUCCUUGUAUGCCUCCUCUUCACGCAUUGCUGAAGGUGAAGACUGUGAAGUCACAGCUUGAGUAAUAAAGCCCCAAUUAAACUCAAGAAAAAAACUUGCAGUGUGUGUAGUUUUUUGUGCAUAAACCAAUUAAAAAAACA